AUGGACGUGCCGGCCGCCGCCAAUGCCCUGGGCACCCUCGGCGCACUCAUCCCUCAAAUCAUCAUCAACUACCGCCGCCACAAUGCGACCGGGCUUCAGCCCUCGAUGAUGAUGCUUUGGGCCUGGGCCGGCGUGCCGCUCGGUGUUUACAACAUUGUCGAAGACUUCAACAUUGCGCUGCAGGUGCAGCCCCAGAUCCUGACAUUCCUAAGCCUCGUAACCUGGAUUCAAUGCUAUUACUAUCAGCGGGCCUGGUCUGUCCUCCGCUCCCUCGGCGUCGUGGCACCCAUCGCAGCCGUCAUGGCCGGCAUACAGAUCGCCCUCGUCAUCGGCCUGCGCAUCGUCAAGGCCCGCGGCGUCGAGUGGCCCAUGAUACUCAUGGCCGUGCUCUCCGCCGCGCUGCUGGCCGCCGGCGUGCUGCGGCAUUACUGGGACAUUUAUGUCCACCGCACCGUGCGCGGCAUCUCCUUCAUCUUUGUCGCCAUUGAUGCCGCCGGCGACGUCUUCUCCCUUGCGUCCAUCUUCUUCCAGCCCAAGAUGGACGUCUUGGGCAUCGUCAUUUACGCCACUGAGUUUGUGCUCUGGUGUGGUGUCUUUGCGUGCGGCGGGUAUUAUAAUUUCUUGCCCUGGAUGAGGAAGAAGUUGCUUGCUAGGGAGGAUGAUGCCGGUGGGACGAGAUCUGUAGACGAGGACUUGCCAAGCCCGGACGCCGCCGGUGCACACAACGGUAUCGCGUUACACGACUUGCCCUCCUCGACGUCCGUCUUCCGUACCGCGUCUCGAGAUAACUCGGGGCUCCGGUCAAGGACCACUGUUUCUCGGCAGAGCCAAUGGAUUGUACCAUGGUAA